AACAAAAGAGGAAGUCUUCCUUGUGUUCCUUGUUGGAAUAAAGUGACAUUUUGCGGCACAGCGGAUCCAAAUGUCAAAGAUCUCCCAUAGGAUUGUCCUGCAAAUGACAAAAUGGCUCAUUUAAGUUUUUGGAUUCUGUUUUUCCAUCUAAAACUGGACGUGAGUCACGCCUGGGUGGCCAGUAACUUCCUAAUGACAGGACCGAAGGCCUACCUCACUUAUGCAAAAAGCGUGCAGGUGGGCACGCAGAAUGGAAUUGAGGAGUGCAAACACCAGUUUGCGUGGGACAGAUGGAACUGCCCUGACAGAGAAACCCAUCCCAAAGGUCUGAGAAGAGCAACCAGAGAAACAUCUUUUGUGCAUGCCAUCAGUGCUGCUGGAGUCAUGUACACUCUGACCAGGAACUGCAGCCUGGGAGACCUUGAAAACUGUGGCUGCGACGUCUCCAACAAUGGGAAAACUGGUGGCCGGGGUUGGUUAUGGGGUGGCUGCAGUGACAACUUGGAUUUUGGUGAAAAGAUUUCCAAACAGUACGUGGAUGCACAGGAGACAGGCCAGGACUCAAGAGCCGCAGUAAAUUUGCACAACAAUGCGGCAGGUCGGCAGGCCGUGAAGGCAACGACGAAACGCAUCUGCAGGUGCCACGGCAUGUCAGAGAGCUGCAGCCUGCAAACGUGCUGGACGCAGUUGUCCGAUUUUAGAGAAAUCGGCAAUUACUUGAAGAUCAAGUACAGCCAGGCGCAAAAGCUGGACACCGACAAGAGGCGCGUGAGGGCCGGAAACAGCGCCGACAGCCGCGGAGCCAUCGUGGACGCGUUUGGCGGUGUGGCCCAGACGGAGCUCAUCUACCUGGAGGACUCGCCCGACUACUGUAGGAGGAACGCCAGCGUGGGGCUGCACGGCACGGAGGGCAGGGAGUGCCUGCAGCACGGGGCCGGGCUGACCCAGUGGGAGCGGCGGAGCUGUCGCCGGCUGUGCCACGAAUGCGGCCUGAGAGUGGAAGAGAGGCGCACGGAGGUGGUGAGCAGCUGCAACUGCAAGUUCCACUGGUGCUGCAGGGUGAACUGCGAGGACUGCUCUCAGGUCAUAGCCAAGCAUGUGUGCGCAAAGAGGGAAGCCGGGGACGGGCAUGCUGUCUGGCGGAGAUACCGUGGACCCAAAUGAAAAAAUAUGAGUUUGUAAAUAGUUGUAUUUUUGUCUUUACGGCUGCACUUUCUGCUAAUCAUCAAUGUCAGUGUUUCCUUUGCGCAUAUAUUUA